UCUUGACUCCAUAUGUUAAUGUUCCUCUUAAGGUCUAAGUUCAAUAUUGACAGAGAGAGAAAUAGGAAUCCCAUUUUCUACUUAACCACUUUUUUUUCUGAACAGGAAGUUGCCUCUAGCAUCGCCUCAACAUAGAAAUCUCAAGGUGAAGCAUUGGCCCAUAGAGUAACAGGUGAAAUGGAGGAAUGGGCUUGUUUAAGACCCACGGCAGCCAAAGAGAACACAUCGUCACCAGCUGACGUUACCAGGCCUUUUGAGAACCUGGAAUGCUACAUGGUCCUGACGAAGGCAGAGAAGACAGUCAUUGGCUCCAUCUGUUUCCUGGCAGGUCCUAUCACACUGCUGGAAAAUGCUCUUGUGCUGGUGGUGAUAGCUGCCACAGCCACCCUGCGGCAACGGCCUUCCUAUCUAUUCAUUGGCAGCCUUGCCCUGGCUGAUGUUUUUGCAAGCUGCUUCUUCACCACCAGCUUCCUGGACUUCCACCUCUUCCGCCGCAGCGAUGGCCCCACUGCCUACCUCUUUAAGUUAGGUGGUGUCACCAUGGCCUUCACUAGCUCAGUGGGGAGUCUACUACUGACCGCCCUGGACCGUUACCUCUGCAUCCACCAGGCCUCCAGCUACAAGCUCCUACUGACCCGCCGCCGAGCCCUGCUGAGCCUGCUGAUACUUUGGACCGCCACUAUCCUCCUCUCCUCCCUGCCUCUGAUGGGCUGGAGGUGUCCUACAGGUCUUUCUCCACCCUGCUCACGCCUCUUUCCCUACAUCAACCAGGCCUAUCUGGCCUGCUGGACCAGCUUUACCCUGGUGCUUCUGGCUCUUAUUCUGGUUGCGUAUGCUCUCAUCCUGUGUAAGGCCCACCGCCAUGAAUCCUCCAUGACCACCAUGAAGGGAGCAGCAGGGACAGGCCAUGCCCGCAUGAGGAUGGAUAUCCGGCUAGCACGCACCUUUGGCUUGAUCCUGCUCAUAUUGGUGGGCUGCUGGCUUCCUGCACUCUCCUUCAUGCUUGCUGAUGUCUCUGUGGUCCUGACCCAUACCCAACAGAGGGCCUUCGCCUUCUGCAGCACACUCUGCCUGGUUAACUCUGCAGUCAAUCCGCUGCUGUACGCGCUGCGCUGCAGAGAGCUAAGAGUUGCUCUACUGCAGUUGCUACAGGGUCUGUGUGAGAUUGGGAGGUGUAAAAAAUCUACAGGGGAUAUUAGCCCAGGUCCGCCCACCGAAGAAGAAAAUGAUUGUUCUGUAUUCACUGAGGAUGAGAUGCCAAAAAACCCCCAACUUAACUCUGUCUCAGAAAUGUGUUAAUGUGUUAAUGGCAGUGUGCUGGUAGUGAAAAAUGUGCUACAAAUUAAGAUUAAUACCACCAAGAACUUCACUGUACUUUAGGAAUCAAAUCUGACACACAACAGUAAGAAUCACUGUCAUCAAAUUAUUACAGCUAGCAUAACUUCAUUUUUUGAGCAAUUAUUUAUUACUGUUAUUACCAGCAGGUGAUAAAAACAGACCAGAACGUCUAUGAAAUGUAAGAGACAUGAUACAUACUUCUACAUGCCGACAGUGCUGAAAAAGGAAAAACAAAAUUAACCUUGGGAUGUAGUUCAGUCUUAGCGAUUACAACACUAGGAAUAAGUUAUAUUAUGAGGAAAUUUUAUGUUGUGAUGUACUUCUUCACUCAAAAAUGUCUCAUGUUUAUUGUCGCUUUACUUGGAUGUUUGAGCUUCACUGUGCAGAAUGAUGUAUGAUGUAUGAAUGAUACAUGUGCAGUUUGACAUUGGAAGGCUGAUUUCACGUUAAUCUGCAGAAAGUGGAAAGUUUUUCUGUGAUCAAUGAAAAUCUGAUUUUUAGUGGAGGGCCUAUGAGCCUGAUUUGGGACAUCACAUCUAGUUUGGAAGCCAGUUCUGGUCCAGUAUGUAAUCCAUACAUGUGUGUUACCUGGAAACUUGAAGCCUCCAGUUCACAUACACUGAGAAUGAACUACACUGAUUCAACUUUUGACAUGAGAUAUAUUUGCAUAUACAUUUUAGGGAAGAAGAG